AUGCUGUGGGCGGCGCGCGCGUCGGGGUUCUUCUCCGCGGCCAUGCUGAUGGUGGUCCUCUCGCCAUCUCUACAGUCCUUCCCGCCGGCCGAGGCCAUCCGGUCGUCGCACUUCGACAGCCACGUCCGCUUCCCGGGCCAGAUCGCCGCCGGCGGCGCCAGGGGCCUCCCCUUCCGCCGCGCGCCCUCCUUCCGCAAUGCCGCCGACUGCGCCACCACCACCACCGAUAACGUCUGCGACCCCUCCCUCGUCCACAUCGCCAUCACCCUGGACGAGGGCUACCUGCGGGGCUCCGUCGCGGCGGUCCACUCCGUGGUGCAGCACGCGGUCUGCCCGGACACCGUCUUCUUCCACUUCCUGGUGUCGGACCCGAGCCUGGGCGACCUGGUCCGCGCCGUCUUCCCGCAGCUCCGCUUCAAGGUCUACUACUUCGACCCGGCGCGCGUGCGGGGGCUCAUCUCCUCCUCCGUGCGCCAGGCGCUGGAGGAGCCGCUCAACUACGCCCGCAACUACCUGGCCGACCUGCUCGACCCCUGCGUGCGCCGCGUCGUCUACCUCGACUCCGACCUCGUCCUCGUCGACGACGUCGCCAAGCUCUGGCGCACCGACCUGGCCGGCCGCACCGUCGGCGCGCCAGAGUACUGCCACGCCAACUUCACCAAGUACUUCACGGCACGGUUCUGGGCCGACGACCGCCUCGCGGCCACCUUCGCGGGCCGCCGCCCCUGCUACUUCAACACGGGCGUCAUGCUGCUGGACCUCGCCCGCUGGCGGCGCGCCGGCUACACCCGGCGCAUCGAGCGCUGGAUGGAGACGCAGCGCUCGUCUUCCCCGGAGGGCCGCAUCUACGAGCUGGGCUCGCUGCCGCCGUUCCUGCUGGUCUUCGCGGGCCACGUGGCGCCCAUCGCGCACCGCUGGAACCAGCACGGCCUCGGCGGCGACAACGUCCACGGCAGCUGCCGCGACCUCCACCCGGGCCCCGUCAGCCUGCUGCAUUGGUCCGGCUCCGGCAAGCCAUGGGCGCGCCUCGGCGCCGGACGGCCGUGCCCGCUCGACGCCCUCUGGGCGCCCUUCGACCUCUACGGCCCCGACGCCGUUGAGCCGUCCCGGUAAACUACAACUACGACUACAGAAAGAUUCUUUUCCUUCUUUCGACGACGACCUUCUUCUUCCUCCCGUAUAAAAUCCUGAGCACUGAUUCUUGGCCACCUCCCCCCGUUACAUGUUCAGAAACCUACUCAUAUAAUUUUUUCUCCUCCUCUUCUCUCUUCAUGCUGUUCAAUUCAAUGUUUUGUGCCUCC